AUUUUGGGGCUAAGCCAUAAAGGCUCUUUGGUAAAUAGUAAACUAAAGUUGGUCUAAUUAUAGAGAGUUGCUCAAGCUCAAUAACUUCAUAAGACAAGCUUUCAGGCUCAUCUUCCAAUCCAACAAGCAAGGGAAGGAGAAGAAGAAGAGACUCGGGGGAGCUAAAAACGGGUAAAGAUCUCUCUCUUUUUUCAGCUUCAAACCUACAGCAAGACAAAGCAAGAAAACAAGAGGGAAAUCCUCCCACCAAAAAUGGGCCGAGGAAAGAUAGAAAUCCGAAGGAUCGAGAACAAGACCACAAGGCAAGUGACGUUCGCGAAACGCCGCGCAGGGCUGUUGAAGAAGACCCACGAGUUGGCCGUCCUCUGCGAUGCGCAGAUCGGGCUCAUCGUCUUCUCCAGCUCGGGAAAGCUCUUCGAAUACUGCAGUCAGUCCACGAGCAUGCAAGAAAUCAUAAGCAAGUAUCACGGCCAUAAGGGGACUCAAAUUGUGGAGCACAAUGAGCAGGAACAGCUUCAGAAUGAGCUGAGGAGGAUGCGAAGAGAAACGCGUAACCUUCAACUGAGCAUGCAGCGAUACACAGCCAGUGAUCUGACCAACAUGCGACUCGAGGACUUUGAUCAGAUGGAGCAGCAACUUGAGUGCUCCAUCAACAAAGUCCGCGCAAGGAAGUUUGAGCUGAUGCAACAGCAAAUAGACAAUCUGCGGAGAAAGGAGAAAAUGCUGCAGGAUGAAAACGAUCAAAUAUAUCAUCUGAUUAAGCAGCAACAGAUGGCGAUGGAGCAUCAACAGGUGGGGGGAGCAGUGCCGAAGCCGGAGGAAGCGCAGCACGUGCUGGAGCAAUUCCCUUUCUACGGAGAAGAACAGCCGAGCAGUGUCCUUCAGCUCGCGAUCCUCCCUUCACAGUUCCAGCCAUACCGCCUCCAACCGACUCAGCCAAAUCUGCAGGACUUUCUCCAGCCCUCGAACUAUGGCGAGUAGGAAGAUGGAAGAAGAGAGCAGUGUUUGAGGAUGCCAUGCUUCGAGGAAGGAUACUAUAUGUUGCUGGAUGCUAGCUUUUGAUUGUGUUUUUUCUUGCCAGAUACUUGAAAACAAGCAACGUGCUUACAAUUAGUUUAUGUUUAUGUCCUGGUUUGUUUACUUACUGCAAAUGGUUGAUUACAGUAUAUGUCUAGCUUAAUUAUCUGCUUCUGGGUAUAUACAUGGAGUUUACGGAACAAACUACUGCCCAGAUGGUCAAUUUUAUGGUGUGUAAUCACAUGAUGUUUGUCUGGGUU